UAUAUAUAUAUAUAUAAACAUUAACCGGGAUUCUCUCAAGAGCCGGCCUGAGUUUCAAUAUUCUUCACCAAAUUAAUGGAGUACUUGCACUCAGAUGUUGCAGUUCAUACUCAACAAAGGGAAAAGCUGCAGCAUUUCCAUGUUCUUGCAGUUGAUGAUAGUCUCAUUGAGAGGAAGCUCUUGGAGAGGCUCCUCAGAGAAUCCUCAUGCAAAGUGACUUGUGUGGAUUCUGGGGACAAAGCUCUUGAAUAUCUGGGCCUGCUUGAUAGCCAAGAGAUUGACAGAUCUACAGCUUCAUCCUCUUCUCCCCAAUCCUCAACACAAGAGGGGUUGAAAGCUGUAAACUUGAUCAUGACGGACUACUCAAUGCCCGGGAUGAGCGGCUAUGAUUUACUUAAGAGAGUCAAGGGGUCUUUGUGGAAAGACAUACCAGUAGUGGUCAUGUCAUCAGAGAAUGUACCGUCUAGAAUAAGCAUGUGUAUGGAAGAAGGGGCAGAGGAGUUCCUGCUGAAGCCUGUUCAAUUAUCAGACUUGAAGAAGCAGCUUCAGCCUCACCUUCUGAAACUUCCAGUCCAUCCCAAGAUAGACAUUACCACUUCCAACGACAAUGGCAAUGACAGCAUGAUCAUCGACAUCACGAUGAACAACAAUCAAAACGUAGUAGUGAGCAAAAGGAAAACAAUGACUCCAGAGCCACUUGAGAGAAGACCUCAAAUGAAGGGACUGGCUGUUAUAUAAUUAACAGAGUAUACCAUUCUAGUCGCAGUUUGGUGCAUGUAUAUAGGAUUGGGGUAUAAGAUCAUUUGCAACUGUUUUUCAGCCAGAUUUCUAUUUCCUUGUAUUAAGGUUUUGGUACAACUCUGUUACAGAACAAAGAAAGAAAUAUAAACUUAACAGUAUUGCUUUU